AUGUCCCCUUACCGGCUGGUAUUCGGGAAGAUGUGCCAUUUGCCUGUGGGAGUCGAGCAUCAAGCAUUCUGGGCGAUCAAAGAGAUGAAUCUGAAUGUCGAGUCUGGUGCUGAAGAAAGGAGAUUGCAGCUGCAAGAGCUUGAGGAGCUCCGCCUUGACUCUUACGACUCUGCCAUAUGCUAUAAAGAGAAGACAAAAAUGUGGCAUGACAAGAACUUCGCAAGAAGGAGCUCAAGGUGGAUAGGCCCCUAUACCAUCAUCGGCAUAAGAGCCAAUGGAGCAAUCGAACUCCAAGGAAGCGAUCCUGAUUCGCCUUCCUUUUUGGUGAAUGGGCAUAAGGUGAAGCCAUAUAGAGAUGGAACGGAGGUGUGUGUGGUGGACGACAUUCCACUACUCAUGCCUAACUCUCACCAGUGA